AUGUGCCUCAACGAUUCGUCACCUGCAUUGACAAAGCGAAAGCACGUCUGCCCCCAUUGCAAGAAAGCAUUCAAGCGCAGUGAACAUUGUUCUCGGCAUCAGCGUAGUAGCCAUACGAGUGAAAGACCGUUUAAAUGCCGAUUCUGUACCAAAAGCUAUGGAAGAAGGGAUCUCACCUCACGACACGAAAGAAUUAACCACGAAGCACAAUAUAUCCAGAGCAAGCAGGAAGGGCUUGCUCAGCCCCGCCAGGAUCACCCAUCCUCCAUCACACCUACAGCGGUUCUACCCAAAGACUCUACCCUCCCCCGCUCAAGCUCGCCGCAAGCCUCCCCAGCUUCAUCCCCCACGACCACAACUACGUCCUCGAUCCCCGAUCCAAUAGAGCAACCAACCCCCGAGCGCCACCGCCCUUUGCCUGAACGACACCAAAAGCACAGCGAGACUGGGCUUGCCUCUGUGACAGAACGGGGUGUCGCGCAUAGCGUUGGAGAUGCCCUAGAUAUGAGGGACUAUACAUACCUACACGCCGGGGCGCUAUCUUUUGAAGGGACAGGCUACGUACCGGAAGGAGAGCUGCUCCGCUUGCCAACGCCUAUUCACUCAGCGACUGUCGAAUCGGCUCUGAGCCCUUUACCACCGAGACCAUAUUCACCUGGUCCACAACUACCGGAUUUCUCAGCGCCCAAGUCUACAAUUCAGGGUGGCUACAGCCCGAUAUCGUUGGAGACUGAUGGGGGCCUCGCUGCAUUUGGCGCAAUGUUCGAUCCGAUCUGGGAUCCAAAUCGAACCAAGUACGACGCGGUACGUGGAUACGCCGCUGAUGCACACAUUCGACGCCAGGGUGAAGGGUUCAGAGCUCCAGUGGCCUCAACAUACGUCGACGAGAGCCCCUCAGCAAGACCACAAUCUCGCCAACCCGACACACCACCCAGACAUUUCGGGUUCAGCGAAUGCACCCGAUGUAGCCUCAUCUCAAGCAUCCUAAGCUGGGCACCCGACUGCCCUGUGGACUUUGUUCUUCCAUCGACGAUGAAGCUUAGGGCCUAUUUGGAUUCGUACCUGCGAAACUUCCACAGCCUAUUCUACGGCUCCGCUUCCAUGGCGGAAGCAACUCCAGGGCUUGUCCCGGAUCAUGCUAUCCUGGCAAUGUGUGCAAUGGGAGCAUUGUUCUGUAACGAACGACUAACGGCUUCAUCCAUUCAUGAUAUUGCAGAAGGCAUGUUAAAUGCUCUCAAACAACGCAUGGCCUGGGAUGGUCUGGCGCCUACGCAUAGAGGUGACCUCAACGAACACUCAUCGGUGACCGAGAAUGAUGGCAGGUCACAUUGGCUCAAGAGAGCCAAUACAUUACUCCUCUUCUACCGGGCAUUCAGCAGUGACAGUUCAAUCCAGGCCCCUCGCGUCACCGGUAGCAGUCAGAGUUAG